AUGGGGGAUAAUCCCCCCGUGUGGGGCGGGAGGUCCAACCCGCCAGCGAACAGGAACCUGAGAACAUUACCAAACUGGAUGGAUCCCCGAGGAGAGUUCGGUGAUGUUAUUUUUCUUUGUCUGAAACCAAACAGCCCCGCAAAAUUGCCAAAAAAUCCUUUCAUCAUAUCUUUAUCAAUCGAGAAAGCUGCCGGAAAAAUUGAAGGGGGAAAUCCUACCGAUGGUGGGGAAAACUACCUUCUCAAGGUUCGAAAUCCGUCUCAGGUCAACCUGAUUACAAAAAUCGAUAGACUCAUCGACGGUACACCGAUCACAAUCGAGCUACACCCAACUUUAAACACUUGCCAGUGUGUUGUCUCUUGUGGCGAUGUCGAUGGUCUAAGCGAUCAAGAUCUUCAAAAAUACCUACACGAUCAAGGCGUUGUUAAAGUUUACCGGUUCGUGAGAAAGUCUGCUGGAAAAACAACUCCCACCAACUCGAUGGUACUUACAGUUAAUGGAUCCGUCCCUCCUCCAUUCAUUUACUUUGGCUUUCUUCGUGUGGCUACCCGCCCGUAUUACCCUCGUCCACUGAUGUGCUACAAAUGUGGACAAUACGGACACUCAAAAAACAGAUGCAAAAACGACCCCAUAUGCAUAGAUUGCGGCACGAAUUGCGAACAAGACGAAUGUCCCAAUCCUCCUCAAUGCAUAAAUUGCGGUGGAAAUCAUUCAGCAAUAAACCGUUUGUGCCCCAUCUACAAACAGGAGCAGGCCAUCGUCAGACUGAAAGUUGACCUCGGACUCUCUCAGUCUGAGGCCACCAAAGAAUAUCGGAAGCAGAUGAAACAACAUCACGAAGCAAAGCAACUGACCCAAUCCAGCACCAUCGAAAACGAUAAUCGAAUCCGGGAACUCGAAAUCCUGGUUUCCCAACUACAAAGCGAACUGGCAAAGCAUCGUGCAAGCGACAACGAAUCAACUCUAAUUGGCGACACUACAACUCAAGCAUCUGAAGAUUCUGGAUCCGACUUGGAAAGUCCUAUGAUGACCCCCAGAAAAAACAACAUCACCUCUACCCCCAAGCGAUCCCGACAAAACAGUUCUAUUGACAGCCCCUCAGAAUCAACAUACACGACUCACAAGAAAAAACCUAACCCCUUCCUGGCCCCUUCUACUAGUGUACAUCCACGGGUAAGAAAACUCCCACCUCCAAAAAGUCCACCUAUUUCGCUGUCCAAUGGAACACCCGUGGCCUAA